AUGAGGACUCAUUCCCUAGUGAUGCAUGAAGGUCCAGUAGCUGCAUUGUCUGUUCAGGAGCAACCAAACAGGCCUAUUUACCCUCAGGCUGUGGGUGUCUCUUUGGGUGACCUGCAAGGUCAAGUUCCCCUCCUGACUAAAAGCUCAAAAAGCAAACGGAGAACCAUGUCUGAACCUGUUCCUCUGCUACAUUGUGCUCCGGAUCCCGUGGCCAGUCAUGCUCAACGAUGGAAGGAGCUGAAGAUGGACAUCAGCUCCCCCACUACCAAUCCCGACUUAAAGCAGAAUGUACACCAUGAAAGCAGUUCAGACGUGGCUCCUGAAACAUGUCGGGACAUACAGGUGUCAGAACUGGGCUGUCAAGCUGUCAAAUAUUUGAAACAUUGUGGAGCCGUAUCACAUCAGCAGAAAGAAGGGAGCCCCAUAGAGAUUUCCUCAUCCAAUGAGGUUAUUCCUGCCUAUCCACCAGCCCUGGGUGAAAGUACUUUCAACCAUCUGCCAGUAUCUGUGAAUGCACCAGAGGAUUGUUCAUUGGAUCUGCUCAGAAUAGUUAAGCACAAGCCAAGUGCCAUUGUGUUCUGUGAUUAUGAUUAUAGCCUUGACAACCAGGUGAUCUUUGCCAGUGAGAGCUCUGAUGGCGGGGAGUCCUCCUCAUCCACCACUGAAGGGGGAGAGGGCGAUGAGGAGGAUGAUUUUCCUGAGACGUUACAAUAUAAGGAAUUCUUGGUCAGUCGGCACCGUAGAAACUUGAGCAAGAACAGGAAGGGUUUGAGGAAGAGACAGGAUGCCCAGCCUAACAGCACUGCAUCUGGCUGGCAAAAGCCCACCAACGAGGGCAAACCUGGGGUCGCAGGUAGCCAGGAGGAACAGGAUACAGAGCAGAACAAUGGAAAACAGGCUGCUGCGUGUGACUCCAUGACCCUGCUAAAGAAAAAGUUGGAUCACCUCAAUGAGGGGAUCCAGGAAUCCCAAAGUGCUAAUUCCUCCCAUGCAGACGUGGCCGAUGCUGACGAGGAGCGGCAGGGCACCACGGAUGCAACAGUUGUGGGAGGGAUGGCGAGCCGAGCACAGAGUCAGGCUCAGGGAACGUCCAGAUCUCCAGACAAACCUGAGCCACUGACCAGGCGCCCCUCGCGACCCUUGACCCGCAGCAGACCGUUGGCCCGCUCAUCCCUCUCUUCCCCUACACAUCUCCAUGCUCGACGAGCCAGGGCUGCUGCAAGGAUGACCAGUGGAUCAGCAGGUCGAGACCUCUGCUUUGUGUCCCCCCCACCCCCUCAAGGAGGCCACAGUGAUAGCCAUCUCCUGCUGUAGGUGAUCCAGUCUCCAGAAUAGGAGGUGGACGAUGUCAACAGACUUAUCUUUGCAGGCUGGACAAGGGAAGUUGUUGUUGUUGUUACUGGAGAGUGUGGGGGAUAGACACUCUGAAUUAGCUCCUGACCCACUUUCUUCUUGGCCCAUUUUUCUGUAGGAAUUGACCAGAGCAGCAUUCCUUGACAGCUGGUGCAGAAAUAUUGACAGAGACACGCUGAUACUGUUGAUUCAAGCCUAUGUG